AUGGAGAGUUUAAAUGGUUCAUCAAGCUUGAAAAACUUCUCCUUUUCGAACAAGCAGUCGAUCAUGGACUCAACUUCUCCCUUUCUCCAAUCCUAUGUAGAUUCAAACAUGGAUGGAUCAAAGGGAAAAGCAAAGCAAACAGAGGGAUCGAGUCACCAUCAUCGGUGUAACUCGGAGAGCUUUCUUAUAGAGGAACAACCUUCUUGGCUUGAUGACCUUUUGAAUGAACCUCCAGAGACAACGACAGUUGUACACAAAGGUCAUCGACGUUCAGCAAGUGACACUUUUGCAUAUUUAGGAGCAGCUGCAGAGAGGUUAAACACGUGGGAAGAACCUAAAAAUAAGAAUGUAAAUAUAGGAGCUUCUUGGGGUUCAGUCAACUAUGUGAGUUACAAAGAUUUGAGUGCAGUUUCCUCUGAUUCAAAGCCAAAUUCUUCCGAUGAGCAGAAAUUUAAUAAGGCUGCUCAGGAAUUGAAUGGUGCACCAUCUGUAUCCCAGGAGAAGCAUAACAUGAGAGAGAUCAAUAAUUCAAAAACCCAAGAGGGCUCUAGUGAAAGAUCAAACAAUGCACAAGCCAAACAUUCCAUGUCCAAGGCAGAUGCAAAACGUGCUAAACAGCAAUCUGCUCACCGAUCACGUGUCAGGAAACUUCAGCACAUAGCUGAACUUGAAAGAACAGUUCAACCUCUACAGGCAGAAGGAUCUGAGCUCUCUGCGGAGCUUGAAUUUGUUGACCAACAGAACAUUAUACUGAGCAUGGAGAAUAGAGCGCUGAGGCAGCGUUUGGAUAGCUUAUCACAGGAGCAGCUCAUCAAACAUUUGGAGCAAGAGAUGUUGGAGAGGGAGCUCACAAGGCUACAAACUAUGUAUCAGAUGCAGAGGCAACAGAUGCAACAACAGCAUCAGCAGCCGCAACAGCAGAAUCACUCUAAACAUCGUCGAAAAAAAAGCAGGGAUCUUGAAGCACAAUUUGCCAACCUUUCAAUCAAGAACAAUGAAGCCAGUUCCAGCAGGGUUCAGGUGACUGGUUCAGUCAGGAUGUAA